UAGUGUUUAUCGAAGAAGAACAACGUUUAAACGGCAACAACAUGAAUCGUUUUGUUUCUUCCUGUUUAACAAUAAUAGUUUUAUUAUUUUGUGUGAAAUUAUUCCGUUUCAUGGAUUUAUUAUAACCGAUAUGUUUUUAAGGUUUUGUGUUAGGCAACCCAAACUACAGUAUUUAUAUUCAAAGUGGUUUCCCGCUUCAAAAGUAUUUCUUGAGGCUUUGAGGUUACCAUCAACGUUCGUGCUAUACGUGCAUUAAAUAAACAAAAAACACGUUAUUUACGAAAGAAUAAAGUAAAAUUCUAGUGUAAAAAUGGCCAAGAGGCUUUCCCAGAGCAACACGUUGCUAAAUUACUUUCAAUCACCCAAGGGGAAACAAAUCCAGGCGAAAAUCAAAGAUGAGCCAAAGAAGUUGAAAGUUGAAGACACACAAGAUGAUUCGGAUGAAGAAAUCGCACCGAUUAAGAAGAAGCGCGGUAGGAUUCUUGCCAUGGACAGUGAUUCUGACUCUGAAAAUAUUGACCCACCCAAGCAAACACCAAAGAAACCCAAAGUUGAUACAUCUAGUAAAUCUACAUUACAAAAAACAUCAAAACUGCAAGAAUUCACAUUUGGUUCUGAUACUUCAAAGUCUUCAAAUUCAUCAGCAUCUAAGUCUAAACCAAUAAAAAAUGAAAACAUCAAAGAUGCAAAUGCUGAUGAAGACAAUGAGAAAGCAAAGUGGUUGCAUGAGAAGAUUCCUUUCUUGAAACCAGAUAAAAUCAUGGAUGCAAACCGUCGCAUGCCGGAUCAUCCAGAUUAUGACAAGCGGACAUUGUAUGUACCACGUGAUUACCUCGAUUCGCUAACGCCGGGCAUGCGCCAAUGGUGGGAGCUGAAAUCCGCUCAUUUUGAUACUGUAUUAUUCUUCAAAGUUGGAAAAUUUUAUGAGUUGUAUCAUAUGGAUGCGACUGUAGGGGUCGAGUGUCUAGGAUUCACUUAUAUGAAAGGCGAGUUUGCGCAUUCUGGCUUCCCGGAGAUUGGUUAUGGACGCAUGGCUAGUUCGCUAGUCGAGCAAGGAUUUAAAGUGGCACGUGUGGAGCAAACCGAAACGCCCGAUAUGAUGACUGAGAGAUGUAAGAGCAUGAGUCGUCCGACCAAGUUCGACAAAGUGGUGAAACGCGAGGUUUGUCAAGUGUCUGAAAAAGGCGUGUGUUUGCAUGGCGCACAAACACUGGCUGUGCAACAACCGCAAGGGUGUUAUAUGAUCGCCAUCUGUGAGCGGGAUACACAAUCAUUGUGGAAACAUUUCGGCGUUUGUUUUAUUGAUAUCAGUAUUGGAAAGUUCAACAUGGCGGAGUUCGAUGACGACAAGCAUUGUUCAAGGUUACUGACGCUUGUUGCACAACAUAAUCCUGCAUUGAUUCUACUUGAACGUGGGGGAAUGUCAAACGACACGAUGGUCAUCAUCGCAACGCAUUUGAAAGAUGUAAAGAAGGAGAUUCUUAUGCCUGGCAAACAGUUUCCGGAAGCCGACGCCAUCUUAGAAACGCUCAAACGUGAAUGUUAUUUUAAAGAUGAAGCGGGUAAUCACCAAUGGCCUGAGGUGUUUGAUCAACUACUAGAAGAUAAAUCGUUUCCGAAGCCGGAAUAUGUCAACUGUCUCAAGAGCUUGGGCGCAUGCGUGUGGUAUCUAAAGAAAUCUCUGAUUGACAUUCACGUUCUACAAAUGAAACAGUUCGAAAUUUAUGUCCCGAUUGAUUUACAAUCCAAGCGCUCGCAUGGCGAUUACAUGGUGAUUGACAGCGUCACUUUGGAGAAUCUUAAAUUACUGGGUAACGAUAACAGCUUGCAGAAGACUUUGGAUUAUUGCUGUACUGCGUUUGGAAAAAGAUUAUUCCAAAUGUGGAUAUGUCGCCCUCUGUGUGAUACCGUCGGAAUCAACAAGCGACAAAUGGCCGUUCGCGAACUUUUCAAUAAUCAACAAUUGCUGAAAUCGGCGAGGGAAAUGAUGGCGAAACUGCCAGAUAUUGAAAGACAAAUUGUAAAAAUUCACCGCUUUGGAAAUGCGUUUGUUUCUCAAAACCAUCCGGACGCCCGGGCAGUGCUUUACGAAGCGAAAACCUACAGUAAACGCAAGAUUGCUGAUUUCAUGAGCACUUUAGAAGCAUUCGCAACACUGCAAAAACUCACCGCACUUUUCGCCGAUUGCGAGUCACGUCUACUGCGCAAGAUAACACGUCUUCCGCCAGAGGGCGAGUUUGUGGAUCUGCAAGAACAUUUGGCUUUCUUUGAAAGCGCGUUUGAUCAUCGUCAAGCCAAGGAAGAAGGUACCAUUAUUCCGGAAAGGGGAGUUGAUGCCGAAUAUGAUGCCUCACAGGAGAACAUCAAACGCGUGCAGUAUGAACUGGAUGAAUAUUUGGAAGAACAGCGCAAGUUUUUCAGAUGCGACGUGAAAUAUUUCGGCACCGAUAAGAAACGCUUCCAGAUUGAGGUUCCGGAAAAGAAUUGCGGUCGAGCAACGUCCGAGUAUCAACUGGAAGGAAGCAAAAAAGGUUCGAAGCCUUGUAAGAGAUAUUCAACAUCGAGGAGUCGAGAAUUAUUGGCGGCCAUGAUUAAAGCCGAAGGCGAACGGGCGAAGAUUGUUGUGGAUUUAAACCGGAGGAUUUUUGAAAAGUUUGGCCAGAGGUAUGCAACCUGGGAGAAAGCUAUUUUUUGUGCCACCAUCUUGGAUUGCUUAUGCUCACUGGCUGAAUACGCCCGGUUACAGAAUGAUGACAUCUGUAUGCCUACUGUGCUGCCAUUCGGGGAUCAGCCAAUUUGUCGAAUGGAAAAUGCUCGUCAUCCGUGUAUCGAUACUGACAAAGUACAACUUGUCUCGAAUGAUAUUCAUCUCGGAGGAGUGCAGAAUGGUAAACAACCAUUGAUGAUUCUCACGGGUCCAAAUAUGGGUGGUAAGUCGACUUUCAUGCGCCAGACGGUGCUGCUUGCCAUCAUGGCGCAGAUGGGUGGGUACGUACCAGCCGCUAGUUGUGAGAUAUCUUUGGUCGAUCGCAUCUUUUCGCGUAUGGGCGGUCACGACGAUAUCAUGCGUGGACGUUCUACUUUCCUCGUCGAGUUAAUGGAGGCGUCCGCCAUUUUGCGUCACGCGAAUCGCAAUUCGUUUGUUUUGCUGGAUGAAUUGGGCCGGGGAACUUCUACACACGACGGCAACGCCAUUGCAAGAGGUUAUCUACGUGAAUUGGCUGCUAUUAAAUGCAGAGGUAUUUUUGCGACACACUAUCAUACAUUGGUGCAGAAAUUCGACCAUGAUAAGAAUAUCCAACUGGGUUACAUGACAUGUAUGUUGCAAAACGAAGGUAAAGAGAACGAAAGCGUCGUUUUCUUAUACAAAGUCGCGCAGGGUUUAUGGCCGAAAUCCUAUGGUUUCCACGUAGCUCUAUUGGCUGGAAUGCCUUUGCCGAUUGUGAAUAAUGGCCGCAGCUACGCAUGCGCAAUGGAGCGCAAGGAUCAAAACAGGAAUCUCAUGAAAAACAUUAACAAUCUCGAGGAAGUGAUGAAAAUUCUUCAACUUGUUUGAAGACACCUGAUAAUCAGUAUUCUAAAUAUCUAUUAAGUAUUUUGUUUUCCUAGGUUUAGCUCACUCGUUAAGUUCAUAUUUGAUUUUAUAUAUGUUUACACUCAGUAUAUUACUCUUACACUU